AUGCGCCUUCAAAAGCUGCUCACGUCGGCUAUAGCCCUCAGCGGCUCUGUCUUUGCACAGAGCAAAGAAGGUGUCGACCCCCUGGAUGAUUCCGGCAAUGACCUGUACGAAAAGGACCUCUCCAAAUGCCCGGGAUACAAGGUUACGAAGUCCUGGAAGACUCGGUCUGGUUUUAAUGCUCACCUGUCUCUCGCUGGGCAGGCAUGCAAUGUCUUUGGGACUGACCUCCCAGACUUGAACCUGGAGGUCGAAUAUCAGACCGACGAUCGACUGCACGUCAAGAUCCUGGAUACGAAUAACACUGUUUACCAGGUUCCAGACGACGUCUUCCCGCGCCCUGGUUUCGGCCAGUGGUGUUCUCCAAAGGACUCCAAGCUCAAGUUCAACUUUAAUGCCGACCCUUUCUCGUUCACGGUAUCCAGGACUGACACCGGCGAAGUGCUCUUCGAUACCACCGGCAACAAGCUAGUAUUCGAAAGCCAAUACGUCUACCUAAAGACGCACCUUCCGCAGAACCCUCAUCUUUAUGGGCUCGGAGAACAUAACGACCCGUUUAUGUUGAAUUCGACCAACUACACGAGGACCAUUUAUACUCGGGAUGCUUACUCGACGCCUGAAGGUGAAAAUCUAUACGGUGCCCACCCAGUCUACUUUGACCACAGGAAUACCGGUACCCAUGGAGUGUUCCUGCUCAAUUCCAACGGCAUGGACAUCUUCGUCGACAACAAGGAUGGUCAGCAGUACCUCGAAUAUAACAUCCUCGGUGGUGUUCUAGAUUUCUACUUUGUUGCUGGCCCCUCUCCACGGGAGGUUGCCAUGCAGUACGGUGAAAUCACCCAGUUCCCGCUCAUGGUGCCCUAUUGGGGGCUCGGUUUCCAUCAAUGCAAAUACGGAUACCGCGAUGUCUACCAAGUUGCCGCUGUUACUGCCAACUACUCAGUCAACAACAUCCCUCUAGAAACGAUAUGGACGGAUAUCGAUUACAUGGACCGUCGGCGCACUUUCACAAUCGACCCGGAGAGGUUUCCGGCCCAUCUGUACAAAGAUCUCGUGGACACCAUUCACGCGAGGGAUCAGCACUACAUCGUCAUGGUCGAUCCUGCCGUGUAUUACAAGGAGUCGAACCCGGCGCUUGACGCAGGCCUGGAGCACGAUAUCUUCAUGAAGGAAACCAAUGGCUCUUUAUACCAAGUUGUGGUUUGGGCCGGUCCGAGCUACUUCCCGGAUUGGUUCCACCCCGAGUCUCAGAAAUAUUGGAAUGAGCAGUUCCUGGCAUUCUUCGACGGAACGAAUGGUCCAGACAUUGACGGAUUGUGGAUCGACAUGAACGAGCCUGCAAACUUUUACAACCGCCCCUACCCUGGCAAUAACACAACCCCGGAGCACUUCGCCGAGGUGGACGGUGACCCGCCGAAGCCACCGCCGGUCAGAGAUGGCCCGGACGCUCCCAUCCCUGGCUUCCCUGACAGCCUCCAGCCGAACUUUGCUUCCACAAACACUGCGGAUAUUGAGCGUCGAGACGUUGUAGCCAAGCCCCGUCGCAGCUCGUCCCGCUCCAAGUCUAACAGAGGUGCGGGCCGCUGGCGUUCUGGCAGGCGUGAGUGGGGGCAAGGUGGUCGUGGACGCCCUGGUAAGGGGUGGCAGCACGGCAAGAAAACCGGUUCUGGCUGUGGACCUAACGAGUGCAAGGGUCUGCCAAACCGCGAGCUCAUUCGACCACCAUACAUGAUCCAGAACGGCGCAGGACCCACGCUGGCCGAUAGUACAGCCGACACGGAUGUUGUGCAGAGCGGCGGAUACGUUCAGUAUGACACGCACAACCUUUACGGUGCUAUGAUGUCCACUCAUUCUCAUAAUGCCAUGCGCGCUAGGCGUCCGGAUGAUCGCGCUUUGGUCAUAACCAGGAGCACGUUUGCCGGCUCUGGGAAAGAUGUCUCGCACUGGCUUGGAGAUAACAUCUCCGGGUGGAGUUGGUACCGCCGCUCCAUCAGCCAGAUCCUGCAGUUCGCAUCUUUGUAUCAGAUCCCAGUCGUGGGUCCGGAUGUCUGCGGAUUCGGUGGUAACGCAACCGAGACUCUCUGUGCUAGGUGGGCAUCGCUUGGUUCUUUCUACACCUUCUUCCGCAACCACGCCGAGAUCUCCGCAAAUCCGCAAGAGUUCUACCGCUGGCCAAAGGUAGCCGAAGCCGCACGAAAGGCAAUCUCCAUCCGAUACACCCUCCUUGAUUACAUCUACACCGCCCUCUACAAGCAGAAUCAGACUGGAACCCCGACGCUCAACCCUCUCUUCUUCAACUAUCCGAGUGACCCGAAUACGUACCCUAUCGACCUGCAGUUCUUUUACGGCGAUGGAAUCCUCGUGAGCCCUGUCACAGAAGACGACGGCACGACGGUCAAUUUCUACCUCCCCGACGACAUUUUCUACGAAUGGGGCACGGGCAAGCCGGUCCGCGGACACGGCGAAUACGUGUCCGCUGAUGUCGAUGUAACGGAGAUCACCCUUCAUUACAAGGGCGGCAUCAUUUACCCUCAGCGAGUCGAAAGCGCCAACACCACCACCGCAUUGCGUAGGAAGGGUUUCAACAUCGUUGUCGCGCCUGGCCUGGAUGGUUCUGCAGAGGGUUCUCUGUACCUCGAUGACGGCGAGUCGGUCGUGCAGGAUGCCGUGUCAGAGAUUGACUUUAAGUAUGCGGACGGAAGGUUCUCUAUGACUGGCUCGUUUGACUUCGACGCUAGUGUAAACAUUGAGGCGAUCACUAUCCUCGGUGUGGAGCAUGAGCCAAAUGGGGUUGAGGAUGCGGACUACGAUGCUGAGAAUAGGAAGUUAGUGCUGCACGUCGAUGUGCCAUUGACCGGGAGCUACGAAAUAGCCAUAGCAUAA